UUUCCAGUCUCUCCGCCGGGGACGGUGCCCGUCGUUGCCGGCGUGGGAGCUGCGGCAGGAGGGACCCUGAGGGACGCAGGCCAUGGAGCGGCUGGAGGAGGAGCUGAGCUGCGCCGUGUGCUGCGGCAUUUACCAGGACCCGCGGGUGCUGCCCUGCUCGCACACCUUCUGCAGGGAGUGCCUGCAGGGCGUUCUGCAGCGCUCCGACACCUUCUCCGCCCGCAGGCGCCUCAAGUGCCCCAACUGCCGGGCCCUGGUGGACAUCCCGGCUGCGGGGCUGGAAUCCCUGCCCGUCAACUUCGCCCUCAAGGCCGUCAUUGACAAGUGCCGGCAGGAAGAGCCCUGGGAUGUGGAGACGUGCCGGGAGCACCCCCGGCAGCCCCUCAACAUUUACUGCCUGCUGGACAAGCAGCUGGUGUGCGGGCAGUGCCUCACCAUAGGGCAGCACCACGGGCACCCCAUCGGGGACCUGCACAGCGCCCACCGGAGGGCCAAGGAGGCUGCUGGAAAACUGCAGGAGCAGCUGCCCGAGCAGUACUGGAGGGAGGUGCUGCUGUGCUACAUGAAGCUGACCAUGCAGAAAUCCCAGUGGGAGAAGCUCCUGCGCAGCGAGAGGGACGUGGUGGGGCAGUUCUUCAAAAAGCUGGGGGACACCUUGGAGCACAAGAAACAAGCCCUGCUGGGGGCUCUGGAUGAGCUCGACAGGCGCUUCCUGCGGGAACACGAGCCCCUGCUGGAGGGCGUGAGCAAGAUGAAGGUGGAAGAGAUUGAGCUGAAGUACCUCAACUCGUCCAUCCGCAGGGAAAAGUCCCCCCUGCUGUGCCUGGAGAAGCUGGAGGAGCUGCAGCAGCGGGUCAAGGCCCUGAGGGAGAAGGAGCUGCCCGACGUGAAACCUCUGGAGAUUCGUCCGAGGAUGGAGGACCUGCUGAGGGACGUGUGGGCUAAAACUGAAGUGGGUCAGAUCCACAGGAUCCCCCCUCCAAAACUGACGCUGGUUCCCAGGAGGAAGCCGUGCAGCAGCUGCCCUGGGAAGGAGAAGGUGGCAGGCAGGGAGCAGGGGUGUGCAGUGAGCCUGCCCACCCUGCUGCUGCUGCUGCUGCUGGGGGCGGUGGGUGCCGCGCUCGCCCUGCACACAGCGCUGCCCGCCGGCGCCAUCCAGGCUGCUCCCGCAUGGAUCUGGGAAUUCCUGCUCCAGCUGUACCAGCACUCCUGCUCCCACCUGCAGAAGGCCCUGGAAGGGCUGUGCCACCCGUUCAGCUCCCUGAUGGGGUUCUGCAGGAGGAUUGUCCCCUUCGGCUGCUUCCGCGAUUAG